UUUCUUUCAUGACGCUGUGCAAAGUUAUAUGUGCUACAUGGAAUAUAUGAUAAUUUCCAUUCGGAUGUACUAAUUCAGUGUUUGCUUUUUUUCAACUGUGCAAUAUCCAGCCAAAGUUCAAUCUGCUUUGCCAAUCCAUUUGUUUUGCAGAGGCCACUAUGACCACAUCUAAAUUAAUGAGGGCUAUCAGGGUGUCAGAGUUUGGAGCCCCUUCGGUUUUAAAACUCUGCACAGACCUACCUGUGCCAAGUCCUCGCCAGAAACAGGUUCUGAUUCGAGUUCAUGCGUGUGGCGUAAACCCAGUGGACACGUACAUCCGCUCUGGAUCCUAUGCUCGGAAACCCAGUUUACCCUAUAUUCCAGGAUCAGAUGUCUCUGGUGUGGUGGAAGCUGUCGGGGAGGAUGUUCAUCUCCUACGGACAGGUGACAGAGUCUUCACCACAGGAACUGUGAUGGGCGGAUACGCUGAAUAUACUGUGGCCUCAGAGGACACUGUCCACAAGCUGCCUGAUUCCCUAGACUACAAACAGGGUGCAGCUCUCGGAGUCCCAUAUUUCACUGCGUACCGGGCGCUAGUUCACAAGGCUCAUGCCAAAGCAGGAGAGACGGUUCUUAUUCAUGGAGCAAGUGGUGGAGUAGGCAUUGCAGCGUGUCAGAUGGCACGAGCAUUUGGCCUUACAGUUCUGGGAACAGCUGGGACAUCCGAGGGGAUGGAGCUGGUGCUCAGCAAUGGAGCUCAUCUAGCAUUCAACCACAGAGAAAAAGACUAUCUGGAGAAAAUUAAGGAUGCUACCACUGGACAAGGCGUGAACGUGAUCAUUGAGAUGUUGUCCAACGUCAACCUCAGUAAUGAUCUUCAGUUGCUUGGCUUAGGUGGCAGGGUUAUGAUCGUUGGCUCUAGAGGCCCUAUUGAGAUCAACCCCAGAGACACCAUGAUGAAAGAGACCAGCAUCAUCGGCGUGGCUUUGUACAACGCAACUAAGAGGGAAACGUCAGAGUGUGCUGCGGCUCUUUUUGCAGGAAUGGAGGCAGGCUGGUUGAAACCUGUCAUUGGUCCUCAAUAUUCACUUGAUAAAGUGGCCCAGGCUCACGAAGACAUCAUAGGCAGUUCUGGAGCCAGUGGAAAGAUGAUUUUAAACAUGUGAAAUCAGUCAGGAAGUGGAAACCCUCAACUGUCUUUGCAUGCCACAUUUGCACUUCAUUGUUGCAUUCAGAUAUAUGAAAUUUUCAUGUAUGAAACUAAUUAUAGAGACCAUCACAAGUGAAAACAUUAGUUCAGCAAAUGUUUUAUGGAAAUUAAAUUGAAGAAAUUGAUAAUAAUUAAUUAUACAUGAAUGGUAUAUUUCACAAGGCCUAAAAUUGUGCACAUUACUGAUUUUAAUGAAUGUAAGAAAAAAUGACGUUGACGUCAAAGAUCUCAAAAAUGAAGUUUAUUACAGCAUUGCAGUAAAUAUAACUUGACUUCCUUCGUCUCUAUGAUAAUUAGGCCAUUUUGGGGAUGAGCUCAUUCUAAAAUAUGUUUUGGAGUGGAAUCUGGGACUACAAUUUCUUACACUGAUUAGUAGAUAAAAACCAACACGGUAACUAUUUGAGUGCUGAUUGGCUGUAAGUCUGCCUCGGUUAUUGACAGAUGAAUCUGUAAGGUGAACCCGUGUGUGUUCUUGGCUAUCUGGCAUCAGUGUUGGACACUGUACCACAUUUCUGAGAUCAGGUGACACGCUGGUUCAACGCAUGCUCCGUUUACACGUAACCAUACACAACCCCACUGCUGAUCUCUGAGGCACAGCGUCGCUGGGACAGUGCAACCACUGGUGAACUAAUACUGAAGAGAGGUUUGCAAUUUAACUUGUUUGGACUCAGGAUAUGGAUAUGAGUGUAUGACAUUUUGCCUUCUCAAGCUAGUGUUUGUAUAUACUGAGCAUAUAGUAAAUUGAUCAAUACAAAUGUUUAAGAACUUGG